GGGGGCGGGACUUCCGGCGGCAGAGCUGACCACCAUGGCGGCGGCCUUGAGGAGGCUAGGCGGCCUGCAGAGGUGGAUGUGUUUAGCCAGGCCUAGCGGGGCACGCGGCGUCUCCUCAGGGGAGAGGGUUCGCUCUUCGGCUUCCGUCCAGGUGCCCUCGGUCCCUGCUCCGUCCCAGGUGGCCCCCAGGCCCCUCCCCCAGAGGGAGCAGCAGGAGGACGACGAAGAGACACCCAUGUUCAUCAAGAAUCCAGAUUACCAUGGCUUCGACCCAGAUCCUGUCGUCGAUCUGUGGAAUAUGCGCAUUGCCUUCUUCUUUGGUGUCUCUGUUGUUAUCGUCUUGGGCGCCACCUUUUUACAUUAUCUGCCAGAUCAUGGGAUGCGGAUUUGGGCUCGUCGAGAAGCUGAACGAAAAGUGAAGGAACGAGAGGCAUUGGGGCUGCCUGUCCUUGACUCCAAUUACUAUGACCCCAGCAAGAUUGUGCUGCCCCUCGAGGAUGAGGAAUAAGCACCUCGAUGUCUGUCUGUAUGCUGAGAAUAAACCUCCGAGAUCACCUGUCCUAGCUGCCAACCUCACUCUCUUGUCAGUGGGGCUCGGGAGGGAAAAGCUCAGCCAUCCAGAAGCAGUGGUAUUUUUAAACAGUGUGAAAUAGGCCAGGCCAGGCCACCCCUGGGAGGUUCUGCUUCAGGGGCUGCUGCCUUUCCCACUUACACCUGCUGCUCGCAGCAAUUGCAGGUGUCCCAGCUGCUGCACUGCUGCAGGAAUGGCCCCCAUGCUUGGUGUUCUGAGGAAAGCAUGGCAACCAGCCCUGGGAUGCUGGCAAAAGCCACAUGAAGCCAAGAAGGUAACCUGUAUACAAACGGGAGAGAGGAAGAAGUAAAAGAGCAGCAGCUUUGGGAAGUGUCGCUCUUAGUAUCAAGAAGUAAAAUGGAAAUUGUUUCAGUCUCCACCAGGCUUUUUCCUUAGCCUUGUUGAGGGCCUUGUAAAAUGUGGCAGCCCCCUCCACUCCUGGCGAAAACCAGGCCCUGAGCAGAUGGUACUGCCCAGGGGCCUUGGGAUGGAUUGCUAUAUUUAUCUUGGUGUGACUGUGCAUUCUUACAUGGUAUAAACUCCUUCCUUUUUAUCUCUCA